CCUCCUCGAGUCACGCUGUGCUGGGGAGGGACCGACACCACCAUGGACCACAGGAUCAUCAAAUGGACUCUUGUUUUACUCACAGUGCAAUUUGCAACUGUGCAAGGUGGUUGCAGCACUUCCCACUUCCAGUGCACCUCUGGUGAAUGUAUUGUGUCUGCGUGGGUCUGUGACGGGGAGGCUGACUGCCAAGAUGGAUCCGAUGAGGUUUGUUCAGUUUCCUGUAAGAAGGACCAGUUCCAGUGUUUGGACACACAGUGUAUACCCAGUAGGUGGCGCUGUGACGGAGAGAGUGAUUGUAGAGAUGGGACAGAUGAACUGGAAUGUGGACAAGAACAGCCUGCUACAUCUCCACCUCCCACAACUCCAUCUUAUGGCUGCAAACACAACUUCUUCCGCUGUGACUCGGGGUACUGUAUUCGAGCAGACUGGCGCUGCGACCUGGAUGUGGACUGUAGUGAUGGGUCGGACGAGCAGGGCUGCACUCAGUACCCGCGAUGUAAAAAGACAGACUUCCAGUGUGCAGACUCCCAGUGUAUUCCCGACAGGUGGCGCUGUGACGGGGAGUCUGACUGUGGCGAUCACUCCGACGAAUCAGACUGUGGGCAAGUGCAUCAGUCUGACGUGGCAGCCUUAAACAGUUCCGGCAACUUCUCAGACUUUAGCAGAGACAACUCGUCUUUCAUUGUCGACAACUCAAGCAUUCACGAUCUACCCACGAACAUCACCAGAGACAACUCGUCUUUCAUUGUCGACAACUCAAGCAUUCACGAUCUACCCACGAACAUCACCAGAGACAACUCGUCUUUCAUCGUCAACAACUCCAGCAUUCACGAUCUACCCACGAACAUCACCAGAGACAACUCGUCUUUCAUCGUCAACAACUCCAGCAUUCACGAUCUACCCACGAACAUCACCAGACACAACUCGUCUUCACCCAUAAACAGCCCAAAUAUUGACAGUGAAAACAUAAAUGUCUCUACACUUGUUUCUGAAGCUAAUCAAACAGAAACAAACCGAACCAACGUGACUGCAGUGACGGCGGCCUCGCCCACCGUGACAACUCAGCUAACUUCCCCAGCAUCAUCUUUUCACGAUGCUUGUCUUCACGGUCAGUUUGCCUGCUCGAGCAGAAUCUGCAUCUCGACGUCAUGGGUGUGUGAUGGCGAGAGGGACUGCCCAGAUGGAAGUGAUGAGUCACGUGCCACGUGUCCCUCUGGUGCUUCCCCGUGCGGCAUUGGUGAACUGGCCUGCACGGAUGGCACGUGCUACAACAAGGAGUGGCACUGUGAUGGUGAAUUUGACUGCGUGGACAGGAGUGAUGAACAGCCCGCAUUGUGUCAUCCAACGCCUGCGUCGGGGCACCGCAAAAUCUGCACCGGUGGCGACUUUCAGUGCGAUGAAGACAAAUGUAUUGAACGUGAGAGAAUCUGCGACAGACAGAAGAACUGUGUAGACGGGAGCGACGAGGAUCCGUCUCUGUGUUCUCCCUGCCAGGCAGGGGACGUAGCGUGCAGGAAUGGGUCAUGUUACUCCGUCUUACUGAGGUGUGACGGUGACAAUGACUGUGUAGACGGGAGCGACGAGGAUCCGUCUCUGUGUUCUCCAUGCCAGGCAGGGGACGUAGCGUGCAGGAAUGGGUCAUGUUACUCCGCCUUACUGAGGUGUGACGGUCACCAUGACUGUGUAGACGGGAGCGACGAGGAUCCUGACGUCUGCCCUGAGUCAGUUCAAUCACCGCACCGUGAGCCUGAAGUUUCACCACCGACGUUAAUAGCCGGAGUCUUCGGGAAGCAAACGCUGUACAUGGUUGACCUGUCGAACCACACCGUGAAAACAGUCGUGGCGACUUUCCAAACUGGACACGUUGGAUACGGUGUCCUGGACGUGGAUGUCGCCAACAGACACCUGUACUGGUCUGAUGAGCAGGGGAGGAACAUUUACACAGGAUACAUCAGUGAAGAAUAUGAUGUUGAGAACCCACGGCUAAUCCUAUCUCAACUGCACAUUACCCACCUGAAACUCGACUGGAUACACCAGAAUCUAUUCUGGGUACACGGCAAGGAUGCUACGAUCAGAGUUUUGUCCUUAGACACUAUGUCACAAAGAACAUUCAACAUGAGCUACGAACAGAUCGGUGGCAUAGCUGUGGACCCAAGACAAGGGUGGUUGUACUGGUCAGGUUGGGAUACAGACGGCAUCAAGGUUGAGCGCUGUGGCAUGGACGGCAGUAACAGACAGAUUCUAGCACUCGACAAGAUGGUAUGGCCACAGGGCAUGCUCAUUGAUUUUACAAGAGAUCGAAUUUAUCUUGAGGACGCUUGGCCAGACCGAGUGACCACCUGCAACCUGGACGGCAGCAACUUCGUCACUGUCUUUCAUGCACAACGAACUAAAGGGGGUGCUGGCAUAACGGCCAUUCAGCUGUACAGGGAUCGGUUGUACUUAGUGAACCCUGUCACCAAUCAGCUGCAGCGCUUUGAUCUGAAUCAGACAGACGGAAUAACGGUCCCGAUCCCUGAUGGCGACAGACUUGUCGGACUAGCUGUGCUCGCUUCAGACAUACAGCCGAGAGUUUCCAGUCGCUGUGGUUCGAUCAAUGGUGGAUGUGAGAUUUGUCUGCCAACGCCGUCUGGGUUCAAUACUACUCUUGGCUUCAAAUGCGCAUGCCCAGAUCAUCUGUAUUUACAAAAGGAUGGCAGGACAUGCGGUGACACGGAUCCCGACCCCCCUGUGUGUUCGGAUGGCUUCCGACUGGACAUGGUCACGUGUGUGGAUGUGGACGAGUGCUCGGUGUUCCCACCGCCAUGUUCCCAGACCUGUGUGAACACCCCUGGAAGUUAUCGGUGUUCAUGUACCUACGGGUAUACUCUCGUGAACGGAACCACGUGUAGAGUACAAGUCAACUCUGCCUUUCUGUUGAUGACGCAAAUUGGGUCAAUGAAACGUGUGAACCUCACAACCAAGUACUCCCGGAUCAUGAGUUUCACUGAACAAAAACACAACAUGCAACAUCCGGUGUCCUUGACCUUCAACGUCAGAAAUAGCACAGUGUUCUGGGCAGACCUGGUUACAAGAACCGUGAAUAUGGCUCACAUGCAAGGAUUUAGUCUUCUGUCACCAACCCAGAUCUUUCAAGAUAAGAGUUCAUACAUUACCGACCUGGCCUACGACUGGAUACAUAAGGCCAUAUACUGGACAGACGCCAGCCGGAAGUCGAUAAGGGUCAUGACCUUAAACCUACUGGACAGGAAAUAUAUCACCACUGUCAUCGACCUCUUGGGUAAACCGCGAGCUAUUGAGCUCGACAUAAAUCAAAGGUACAUAUUCUGGACCGACUGGAAGGAACCGGCUAUGAUAGGGAGAUGCGGCAUGGACGGCUCCAACCGCAGCAGCAUCGUGGACUCAAAGAUCUACUGGCCAAAUGGUUUAACUAUAGACUAUUCCGAAGGUCGUUUGUACUGGACUGACGCCAGACUAGACACAGUGAGCAGCAGCGACAUGGACGGCGGUGACCGCAGGGUGGUCAUCCAAAUGCCAGGAUCUACUGAACAUAUGUUUGCUCUUACCAUGUUUCAGGACUUUCUCUACUGGAGUGACUGGAGAUCAUCAACACUCAGAAAGGUCAACAAGAGGACAGGAAAGGACUUUGAAAUCAUCCAUAUUGGUGGCAAGGGAAGGCCCUUUGAUGUCAAAGUGUUCCACCCGGAGCUACAACCACUAGAAGAACCUUGGUUUACAGCAUCGAAUGCAUGUGGGGACAACAAUGGUGGAUGCUCACACAUAUGCCUUCCUUCGCCUCAUCGGUCACGGUAUUCAAGCUUCCAGUGUAAAUGCCCGGAUGAUGGACUUUACAAACUGUCGACAGAUGACAAGACAUGCAUUGACGAUUUCUAACACGUCAACUCUUCGUCAAUCUAAAGUGAAGAGGACAAACCAUAAUGUUUAAUUUAAGAUAAUAAAAUAAUUACAUCCGCCA